AUGUCAUCCAAUGCAAUAAUUCGGUUGCCCGUAAAGCCCUGCAAUUUGCUUGUGGAAAUGCUUUGCUGUGUGAAACACCAGAAGAUGCAAAAGCGUCGUGCUGCGUUGCAAGAAGAGCAGCAGCAGCUGCACCGAACACGUCCAAAAGAAUUGGAUGUGGAAAUUAAGCGCAAUCAGCUAUCUGAACUAGAAAAUCGGCUCAAAAGCACGCGCAGUGAACAAAAUAAAAUAUUGAAUCAAACAAUAAAGAAGCUCGAGGAGGACAUCGAUAAUAUAGUCACAGAUGCCCGUUAUACCCAGAAUCGAAUUAAUGAUGUCCGGGUUCGAAUGGACGAACGUAAUGAGCACAUUGAACAACUGCAAAACCAACGGAAUGUUGUAACGGAUGAAGUUUUCCGGAAAUUUUGUGAACGUAUAAAUAUCAGAGAUAUUCGGCAGUAUGAGCAAAGAGAAAUGCGUUUCCAUGAAGAAAUGCAAGAGCAGCUGAAAAAAUUCGAUAAUGAGUUGGAUCGUAUUCGAAACGAAUUGGAUUAUUUGAAAUCAGAAGACAAGCGAGGCAUAUCAUAUUACCUAUUUUUUACAGAUUUUCAUUUCAUUUUUUUUUUUUUUACAAAUUUCGCAUUUUUGGGCUGGAAAUUUUUGCAAAUUUUUACUCUGAUUAGCACGGAUCUGUCUUGA